CGAAGCACGUAAAUUAAAACAAAUUGACAGUGUUAAAUAGAAAAAAUUCAAAGAAAUUUAGAAAAACACUAAAUUCUGUGCAAAAAAAAAACUAAAAAAUUCCAAAUUUUUAAAAAAGAAAGAAACUUUUCAGCAAUGCAGUCACUUAACCACUUCAAGUGUCGCACUAAUUGCAAACACAAAGAAUGUCAACGUCAUGCUUACUUGGGGGUGGUAGACCGCAACGAGACGCCCGAAUGCAGCGGCACUCAACAAGAGCUUACGGGCUCUUCCAUUUUCUUGGAAAAUGUCAUAGAUUUAUCACAUACUUUGGCACAGAUUAUGAUUUUAUGCGGCAUACAUGAGUGUAAAGCAAAAACCUCCGUAGACAUUAUAACUUACUCUUUGCUGCAUUAUGACUUGGUGUGUUACUGCCUGGAUGCCACACCAACGAAGAGAUUACGCAAAGAGGAUAUUUUUCAUGAAUUGGGUAGAAAGUGUCUGAUGAAUCGUGUGGAGGCUCAUUUGUGUUAUAAUAUCAUCAAAAGAGGCUUUAAGGCUUUCUACUAUAGACCUCAAGACCAGGAAGGGGAGGAAGGCAAAGAGAAUGAUAAGCCUUCAUUUUCUCAGGAAUGUGUUUAUGUACAUGCUGCCAAAAAGACAGCAGAAGCUUAUGCCCAAUUUGAGGGUUUGUCUUGUGAUGAACAACGUGGUGUUGAGGCCAAAAUCAUGGUGGUCUAUAAGAAAUUCUAUGAUCGCCUGCAGACACGUCAAGCUAAGCCUGCUCAAGAGGAUUGCAAUUGUUGCUUCUGUGCCAAGACUAGAGGUCAUUUAGUUUAUGGUCAACCACCUCCUUGCACCGAAAGUCCAGUCAAAAAAUCUCAUACUUGUUCUCAUUGUUGUAAAAAGAAAAAAUCUCUUAAACUUAUACAUCCUCGUACUACUACACCCAAAUGUCCGGUUUGUCAUCGUUCACGCAACUUUUGUACUUGUGCUAAAUAUGAAUUUAACUUACAAUGGAUUGGUAGUAUUUGGUCUAGACCUGAUAUGCAACUUUACUAUGAAGAAAAUAUAAUGAAAGAACCUGUAAAUAAUAUUUACGGUUGUUCUCUUCAAUGCGGUAAGGAGAAGGAGGGAUUAGAAGAGCGAGCAGAUGUUGUUAUGGGAGAAAAUAAAUAAGAGGAGAAUAGUAAAAGAGAAUUAAUUUAAGACGAGUUUAAGUGAUUAAUCUUAAUCUUAUGUUUAUGCUAAAAUAUUUCUCUUUUUUGAAACUCUUUUCUUAAAUUUGAUUCGUUUAAAUAAAUUCCUGUUUUUAAGACCUUGAUUUUCUCAUAAA